GAACCAGGAAACACAAACAGCAACUGAGAGACGUCUGCUGAAGAUGGUUGUGUCGACGCUGCAGCCCUUGGUAAUCACACAAGAUGCUAACUUUCAGAGUUUCGUUAAAGCACUGGACCCCUGUCUUCAAAUUCCCACCACAUCUGUGAUCCGCUCGCAGCUGCUCAGCUUCUACCAAGAAAAAACAAACAGGUUGCGAUUGAUCUUGGCCUCCGCUGACCACGUUGUGCUAACAUGUGAGCUGUGGGCCUCCGGAGCUGAAGACUCCUGUCUGACGGUGGGAUGCCAUUUUGUGAACAAGUAUGGGAACCUCGAGUCUUACAUGCUCCAAACUACCAGCCUGUUCGGAGACGAUUCUGCAGACAACAUUCAGAAUCAGCUCUCAGCCGUCAUGGAGGCGUGGGGCAUCGAAGAAAAGGUCCACACUGUGAUCAGAGCUGGGAUGCCACAACUGAAAACAGUUAAAACCAAAUGGACACACAUGCCUUGUUUUGCUGACACCUUGAAUGUGUUAUUUAAGGAUCUGAUGAGUGACGAGGAGCUGUCGAAUGUUCUCACAAAGUGUCAGAGGAUCGUCAGGUUCUUUACGUAUGAUGCUGAGGCUGAGAAGAUGCUCAGAGAGAUUCAGAAGAAGCUGAAAGUGACACAGGAUGAGCUGAUCAUGUACUCUGGGGACCGAUGGCUUCCCUGGCUGCAAAUGCUUCAACGACUGAAUGAGCAGUACAAGGCCAUGGUGAUGGUGCUUGAUGACAGAGGCAAGACAGAUUUAAUUCUGAAUGAAACGGAUAAAGAGAAAAUCAGGAACAUCAUCUCAGCUCUGAAACCCUUGAAGGAAGCAGCGUCCACAAUGGAAAAGGGGUUUGAGACCAUUUCAGCCAUGCUGCCACUGCUGAAGAAACUCAUGAACAAUCUCAGAGAGGAAGAAAAGAAAAAGAAUCUCGUGGCGCAGACACUGUUGUCAAAAUGUGAAAAGAAAUUUGGUGACGUAAACAACCAUGUACUGGCUCCCAUCACGUUCCUCGAUCCAAGAUUCAAAAACCAGCUGGGAGAGCAAAACAAAAAACAAGCGAUGACGAAGAUCAUGAAGGAUCUCGCUGCAGGCCCCGCCUCCCCUGCUCCUUAUCUGAGGGCUGUACUGGGCAGGUACAUGGACCACGAGUCGACUUCAGAGACGUCAAACCCUUUGUCCUGGUGGAGGCACACAGGAAAGCAGCAUUACGGUGAACUAAGCCAGCUCGCUCUGAAGAAACUUGGGGUCGUCUCUACCGCUGUUCCCCUGGAGAGAGCUUUCUCCGAUGAAGGUGAUCGAUUCUGUAAACUUAGGAGCUCCAUCGAGCCCGAAAACCUCAACAUGAUCCUGUUCCUCAACAGCAACUGGUCCACAAUAUCUUAGAUACAAAUCUGUUGAUCUCUGCACAGAUGAAAACACACACACCCAACUGAACUCACCCCAGCAAGCCAAAUGACGUCCAGUUAAUGUCAUGUUGAUGUCAUUCGGUGACGUUCCGGACUAGUCUAAAUCACGGCCAAAUAGGCGACGUUUUAGACGUCAUUUCCAGGACGUCCUCACCAAGACGUCACCUCGACGGCUUUUUAAUGACCCUAACUGACCACAUAACCGUCCAAUUUAUGUCGUUGAGAGGACGUCUUGGUGACCAUGUCCUGGAAAUGACGUUCAAAUGUCCCCCUAUAGAGGGAAUCGCCUUGUUGUUUACAAAUACUUAUGGGUAGAAAACCAGCAGAGUUUAUAUAUAUAUAUAUAUAUAUAUAUACUGUAUAUGCAGGGGUGGGUAGUAACGCGUUACAAGUAACGCACGUGAGUAAAAAAGUAGUUUUUUUUGAGGAACGAGUACUUUUUAAGUUCCUUUUUUAAAACUGUAUUUCUACUUUUACUCAAGUAUAUUUUUGAGCCAGUAAUCUACUUUUUACUUCACUACAUUUGCCAUUUACCUUCGUUACAACUACUGUAUAUUUCCAAAUAGUCCCUCGGUGGCAAAUAGCCGCUGGGCACACCUAGUAGCCGCUGGGGGUUUGACCCCAUUUUGCGUAUUAAACGCGGGUCCGAUUAAACACCGGGUCGAUUAUUUCCUCAUCCAUUGCCUCAAGGAGGGGUGCGCUUUUACGCACGGGUCGGUGGUGAAGUGGUGCACAUGACUCGGACGGACGGACAGACGAGCCACGUAUCUAAAACAGGUAAUACAUCUGGCUACAUCUUUCCCACAUCAAAUAUCCGUGAUCGCCUUGACCUGCGUGCGUAAAAGCGCACACAGUUCGUGUCCUCUCACCGCGGAUGCUGUGAUUUGAUGGUCCGGUACUCAUUGUAGCCCACUCUUAUAAGACCCAAUAAUAAUAAGUUAGUGUGGACCUAUAUGCCAUGCCUUUUAAUAAAAUUACCAGAGGAGUUCGCUGAAAAGCAGGUAAUGUCUGAAUUACUCGCGUGCGUCCCCGGUGGCAUGCAUGACAUGCAUGGGGAAUACAGCUUCUACAGGCUCGCCAUAGCUCACUGCCAGGACUCAGGGACCAGAAUUCGGGAUGGCGGACCGUCGGGAUGGCGAUAUUUCGGUGUGGCGGCCUGUAACUGUUGGUUAAAUGGCCUCACCGGAUAACUGGGGCUUUACUGGUAUAAUGCAAUAGCACCACCCAGCGGUGAAACCCGUGUACAUGACAAAAAUGACCGGAGCCAGUGAAGAGCUUCUUUUUGUUUGAAAAGAGCCAACUAAAUUAGCAUGUUAGAGAUUUAUGCACAUAUAAUCCCAGUUUAGGACAUAUUUCUUACAAAACAAGGGAGAGAUGGGAUUUUCAUUUUGUUACUGAUAUGGUCAUUUGUAAAAUAGUUCACCUGACACCUGGUGAUCUGGCAGGAAAGUCCUACAGGGACCUGUUAUACCUUUACAAACACAUUUUGGCAACAUGUAAAGCUGGAACUUGGGAACAUUAUAGUGCUAUUGUUUACUAUAUAUUGUUUCUUAAUUAUUUUAUUGGAUUUUAUUUAUUUUGUUAACAGCGAAAAAGACGUAGAAAAGACAAAUUAGUUAUCCACUCAAAUUACAGAUAGGGAAAUGGAGAAAGAAGAGGUUAGGUGAGGAAAAGAGGGGUAGAGUGAAGGAGAUGGAGAGAAGAAGAUCGGUACCUGCUUCAUUAAAAAAAAAAGUUUGAUCAACAAGUGCUGUUUUUUCAUUAUUUUGCACUGGUCCGCACACCCUAAACAAUAUUCAAAUGGAAAGUAACUUGUACUUGAGUAAAUUAUUAACCAGGUACUUUUUACUUUUACUUGAGUAGGUUUCUCAAAUAGUAAUUUUACUUCUACUUGAGUAAUUUUUUAUGGCAGUAAUUGUACUUUUACUUGAGUACAGAUUUUCAGUACUCUACCCACCCCUGUAUAUAUAUGUAUAUAUGUAUAUAUGUAUAUAUAUAUAUAUAUAAACUCUGCUGGUUUUCUACCUCUAAGUAUUUGUAAACAACAAGGCGAUUCCCUCUAUUCAGCUGUGAUCUGGCCCACUUUCUUCACCAAUCGCCAAGAAGACUCAAACCUCGGUCGCAAUCUAAAAAGUUUUUGUACUACGCCUUCACUUAAUCACAUGAAUAAAUUAAUACAUUAAUUAAUACAUAUAUAUAAUAGAGAUGGGGUAAUAGUCUCUGAUGUGACUGGUCAUGAUGUGACUCGAUCACGACCCCAGUCGGGCUCUCUCGGACACGUCCGGGUCCGUCCAUGUUUGCUGGGACAGAUUAACCCAGGGCCACUGCGUCCUACAAAACUCCAGGAUGCUGCGAUCACAAGAACUGACACAAAUUCAGCCAAUCCCCCUGAAUUCUGCACGACCUCACCACUUUGUCAAAACAGGAAUAACCUCCUUUUACUGUCGAGCUGCUGCUGUGUUAGCUCGUGCUAACCAGGCAGAGAGAGCAGGAGGACAGUGAUUCAAGGCGACGGUCCUGCAGCACUGCAUCAAAGCUGCAUUUCAGCUCCCCCCAUCACAAACAGAUUGUAAUUCUGUGGGAAACACCAGAUGCUCAUAGAAACAGGCAUCGAACUAUAUUUGCAAUAAUCACUUGGCCCCAAAACUUUACUGCAAAUAAACGGCUCUGAACUCAAAACAUGAGCUGCAGCUUUUACGAAGCGCUGCCGUGAAAUCAGACAUUUCAAAAACAGCCCAUGAAUGGAGGGGCUGAUAAAAAGAUCUCUUCAGUGUCACAGAUGUUGAGGUGACGACAGAAACUUGAUUUUCAACUUGAGGUUUUUUGUGUUUGUCUUAUUUAGUGUGCCGGGGAAGCACAAGGCAACAGUGCUUAUUAUGCGUCCGUCCUCUUCUGCUUCACCUUCUGUUUGGACUCUCGCUGCGCUACUCGUCUCAUACUGUCGCCAACACAAGGACAAAAAGACAAAAGUACAUCAACACAUGCAGAAUAAUCAGGGACAGUGUGCUAUGACUUUAAUCCCCCCAGCCAUUUUCACAACAAUCUAAAAAAAAACGCCGCCUCUCUACACAAUCCUUGUAACCGACGCAGACGUGCAGUGGGGCGUUUCAGACUCUCCCAGGAACUAAUGUAAAUACACCCCUUGUCUCUGUUGGAUGAAGCUGCGCUGCACAGAUCAGUUCUCUUGCUAACAGAAACUGUACAUGAAGUAUAAAUACAGCGAAUGGAUGUAUUUUUAACAACUAAAUAUCUUCAUAAGGAUUAUUGAUGGUAAAACCUCUGCAGGUUACAGCACCGACACAGGAGGAAAUAACAACAGUUAACACAGACCUUCAUGUCCUGUUUACUCACUCGCUGGUGACAGAAGCACAAAUAUCAAGGACAAUGACCAAAUCGACAAAACCUGCACAUCUACAAAAUCUGGCAGGCGAAAUGCUCCUGAUCAGGUAUGGCACCUUGUGAUGGACCAAACAAAACCGGGUUGCGGGCGGACCUCAGAGAGCUGAAUCGUCCUUCUCGACUCUCUUACAUCAAGAUGGCAGCAAAGAGGACUGAAACAGGGACUAAUUCAUCUCAUACAGUGUCUAGCUUUAGUGGAUCAUAACAUAUCAGGUUUGGAAUUAAUCUGCAGAUGCUCCGGUUCAAAAUGAGACCAAACUUUUCUAUGGACGUCAGUUUUUGAACCACGGCAAAAGACAAAACAAAACAUGAGGCUAACAGCUCCAGUAGUUUGUGAGAUCAGCUGCAGACAGACAGAUUCACACGCACACAAACCUAAAGGUUAAAGACGUGAGCUUGUGAGGUCGUCGUGGGUUCAGCUGCCGGACAGGGAGGAUAAAAGUGGUGAAUAAAAAGUGAUAAAGCGGCGCUCGUUACGACCGCUGAGCCUCUCCAGUCCACCUCAGCAGCAUGUGGAGCUGAAACAGUGACACUGAGUUUUGGCAUCACAAAUCAAAGAUGGCACUGAAAAAGGAAACGCUGGUGCUGAAAAAAGGCCUUAAAAUUGUUUUAUUAUAAUUAUUUUAAAAAAUGUUUGCAUUCUUAAGUUUUUCAAGACAAUCAUCCGUCUUUACUGUUUUUUUCACUGACAGUUUUGUUUUUGUUUUGUUUUGUUUUUUUAAAUUAUGAGACAAAAUUAAAAAAAAUAAAAAAAAGUAAAAUAAAUAAUUCCAAAGAUGGCUUCUGUCAUUUCAGGUAGUUCUUUUCAAGCUAUUUUAUUUUUCUGAUAUGUUUGGUUUUAAUUUGUUAUUUGAUGUCAUUUAAAAAAAAAAAAGGGAGAAACUGAGGUCAUGAUUGACAGCUGUGUGUGCCAACCGGUGUGCUCGCUGUCUGUGGCGCUGCUCAGGAUUUAGUCGGACAGUGUGUGGGCGGGAACUUGAUACUGGCAGACUUUGACUCCAAGUGAUGUCACCAGCUCAAGAUGGCAGUGGUCAUAUCUGAAUAUAUACAUAUAUAUAUAUAUAUAUAUAUGUGGUCUCACUCUGAAGUCAUUGAAUACUGGCGCUUGGUCAGUGACUUCAGGUGUCAGACAGCAAUGAUGAUGAUGAUACACAGCUGGUCAGUGUGUAACAGCACCUGACAGCGUCAGGGGGGAAACACGGCGGGACAACAACAAAAGUUAAGGCAGUGGAAAUAUAUAUAUAUAAUAAAAUUAUAUAAAAUUAAUAAAUAAAGAUAAGAAGGAAAAUUUUAGCGGUUAUUAGAAAAUUGUUUUCAAAAUUCUAUUUAUUUUAAUUUCGAUGCUAAAACAGAUCAGACUGGUUAUACUGGGCAGCUCCUGUGUGUGUGUGUGUGUGUGUGUGUGUGUGUGUGUGUGUGUGUGUGUGUGUGUGUGUGUGUGUGUGUUCUGCAGCCAGCAGGGGGAGCCACCAACAUUUCACACAUUUUAUUUUAUUAUAUUUUAUCUAAUUUUUCUGAUUCUAAAAUGUUGAAGAGAUUCAAGUUUAAGGUGAUUUUAAAUGUGUGGAACAAACAGCAUGUUGAAAAUCUGUUUUAUAACUCAGACAGUUUCUUGCUCUGAUGAUGUCAUGUACUCAGUUUGAUUUCUCUGUGGCUGUGAUGUCAUAUUUCAUGUGAAACAUCUUGUAACUAUAGAAAUAAAGUUUAUCUG